GGGGCGCUGAGUCCUGUUGCCGGGUGACGGAGCGCCCGGCCCGGCCCCCCCUCUCCUUCCCUCCCUCCUUUCCCUCCCUCUCCGUGGCGCUGGAGCCGCCGCCGCUGCUGCUGCUGCCGCCGCCGCCGGUUUACGUAACGCCUCCCAGGGCAGGUCCCGGCUCCGUCCCGCCCGCCUCACUCGGGGACGGCAGCAGCGGGACGGAGUCCGCCGCCUCCUCCGGCUGCCAGAGGCCCCAGGGCCCCGCUCCGCGCCGCCACGGCAGGUCCUGCUGGGGACUUGCAUCUGGCCUCAAUGUGAAAUUAAGGUAGAAAAAACACAUCUACAUAUGUGUUUGCUAUUAGGAUUUAGUUUAUUCACUGCUCAUGCCUGAAGAGUGAUGCUCGUCUCUAGACUGCUAACUGCCAGGAAAUAUAAAUGAUUGGCCUAGAAGUGAAGCCUCCCUCCUCUUUACUGGAGUGAAAAAAUCCCCUCCAGAUCCCGACGGAAUAUCAGCUCCAGAAAAUGCUUCACCUUAGAAGGAUGCCAGCCACCUAGAUUCAUGCGCCCUAUCUGUACAGUUGUUGUGGAUGGUUUGCCAUCUGAAAGCUCCUCAAGCUCUUAUCCAGGCCCUGUAGCUGGUUCUGAAAUGUCUCUGCUACAUGCUUUGGGUCCAGUGCAGACCUGGCUGGGACAAGAGCUAGAGAAGUGUGGCAUUGAUGCCAUGAUUUAUACUCGGUAUGUCCUCAGUCUUCUGCUGCAUGAUAGCUAUGACUACGACCUGCAGGAACAGGAGAAUGACAUCUUCCUGGGCUGGGAAAAGGGAGCUUACAAGAAAUGGGGAAAGAGUAAGAAAAAGUGCUCUGAUCUAACACUAGAGGAAAUGAAAAAACAGGCUGCUGUCCAGUGUCUUCGCUCUGCUUCUGAUGAAAGCUCUGGGAUUGAAACAUUAGUGGAGGAGCUUUGCUCCAAACUGAAAGACCUUCAGAGUAAGCAAGAGGAGAAGAUUCACAAAAAGUUAGAAGGCUCUUUGUCUCCUGAGACUGAUUUAUCUCCCACAGCAAAGGAUCAAGUAGAAAUGUACUAUGAAGCAUUUCCUCCUCUUUCUGAAAAGCCAGUUUGCCUGCAGGAAAUUAUGACUGUAUGGAAUAAAUCCAAAGUAUGCUCUUACUCUAGCUCCUCAUCUUCAUCCACUGCUCCACCAACGAGCACAGACACAUCUUCUCCAAAGGACUGCAACAGCGAAAGUGAAGUAAAUAAAGACAGAAGCAACAACAAAGGAUCUGCCACUGUACAGGAGAGAACCCAACAGAAGAAAAGUAAAAAUGAGAAAGAAAACAAGUUCAGUAACAACACCCUUGAAGAGAAGCCUGUUCUGUACAAAAAGCAAGUCCGCCACAAGCCCGAAGGAAAGAUGCGUCCUCGCUCCUGGUCAUCUGGCUCCAGUGAGGCUGGCUCCAGCUCUAGUGGUAAUCAAGGUGAAUACAAAGCAUCAACAAAGUGCAUCAAAGUCAGGCACAAAACGAGGGAGGUUCGCAGCAAAAAGGGGCGCAGCGGGCAGAGCAGGAUUUCAGUGAAAUGUGGGGAGAAGGCUGACAGAAAAGUCCCCAGUGGAAGCAGCAGCAGCUGCAGCAGCGGCUCCAUCAAACAGCUCUGCAAGAGAGGGAAGAGGCCACUAAAAGAAAUUGGAAGGAAAGAAGCUGGUGGCAGCGAUGGCAAAGAUUUGUAUUUAGACAGCAGGAAUGAAAAGGAAUACAAAGAAGAACCCUUGUGGUACACGGAGCCCAUUACAGAGUACUUUGUUCCCCUCAGCAGGAAAAGCAAGCUGGAGACUACGUACCGCAACCGAGGAGAUCUCUGUGGGGUGACCCCAGAGGCUGUGGAAGAGUUGUCUGAAUCAGUGCAUGGUCUUUGUAUUAGCAACAAUAAUAUUCAUAAAACAUACCUCGCAGCAGGUACUUUCAUAGAUGGUCACUUUGUAGAAAUGCCUGCAGUUCUAAACGAGGAGAUUGACCUCGCUGGGACCUCACUAUGUUCUCAACCAGAGGACGACAAGUAUUUAGAUGAUGUUCAUCUGUCAGAACUAACACACUUCUAUGAAGUGGAUAUUGAUCAAUCCAUGUUGGAUCCUGGUGCCUCAGAUACGAUGCAAGGGGAGAGUCGGAUUUUAAAUAUGAUUCGACAGAAGAGUAAAGAGAAAACUGAUUUUGAGGCAGAAUGUUGCAUAGUGUUAGAUGGAAUGGAGCUGCAAGGGGAAAGUGCAAUAUGGACAGAUUCGACCAGCUCUGUUGGUGCUGAAGGGUGGUUCUUGCAAGACCUUAGUAAUUUAGCUCAAUUUUGGGAGUGCUGUUCAUCUUCUAGUUCUGGUGAUGCAGAUGGGGAAAGUUUCGGAGGAGAUUCUCCGAUCAGAUUCUCCCCCAUCUUAGACAGCACAGUGCUUAAUUCACACGUGCUUGCUGGCAAUCAAGAGCUCUUUUCAGAUAUUAAUGAAGGGUCUGGUAUAAACUCUUGUUUUUCAGUGUUUGAAGUGCAAUGCAGUAACUCUGUUUUACCGUUUUCUUUUGAAACACUCAGCUUGGGAAAUGAAAACGCAGAUUCUAGUAGCACUGCUAAUAUUCUUGGGAAAACACAGUCUAGGUUGCUGAUAUGGACCAAAAAUAGUGCCUUUGAUGAAAAUGAACACUGUUCCAAUCUUUCAACAAGAACCUGUAGUCCGUGGUCACACUCAGAAGAAACACGUUCAGACAAUGAGACUUUAAAUAUUCCGUAUGAAGAAUCCACGCAGUUCAACGCAGAGGAUAUUAAUUAUGUAGUUCCUAGAGUGUCUUCGAGUUAUGUAGAUGAAGAAAUUCUAGAUUUUUUGCCAGAAGAAACCUGCCAGCAACAAGCUAGAACUUUAGGAGAGAUGCCCGCUUUGGUUUUCAAAAAAAAAUCUAAGCUAGAAUCUGUCUGUGGUAUUCAGUUAGAACAAAAAGCAGAAAGUAAAGACUAUGAAGCUACACAGGGGUGUAGUGAAAGCAGUCCACGUGGAGAUGGCUACAGCUCAGGGGUUAUUAAAGAUAUUUGGACAAAUAUGACAGACAGAAAUUCUGCAGCCAUGGUAGAAAUAGAAGGAAUAGAAGAUGAGUUGUUUUCAACUGAUGUAAGUAACUAUUGCUGCUGUUUGGAUACAGAAGCAAAAGUUGAAACCCUCCAGGAGCCCAAUAAAGCAGUGCAGAGAUCAGAGUAUCACCUUUGGGAAGGUCAGAAGGAGAAUUUAGAGAAGAGAGCCUUUGUCUCCAAUGAUUUAUCAAAAGUAGAUGGUGGUGACUAUACUACACCAUCAAAACCUUGGGAUGUUAACCAGGAUAAAGAAAACUCAUUUAUCCUGGGUGGUGUCUACGGGGAGCUCAAAACGUUUAACAGUGAUGGAGAAUGGGCAGUGGUGCCACCUGGGCACUCCAAAGGGAGCUUGCUACAGUGUGCAGCUUCUGACGUGGUGACAAUAGCUGGGACAGAUGUUUUUAUGACUCCAGGGAACAGCUUUGCCCCUGGGCACAGGCAGUUCUGGAGGCCCUUUGUAUCCUUCGAGCAGAACGAGCAGUCCAAGAGCGGAGAUAACGGAUUAAACAAGGGGUUUUCUUUUAUCUUCCAUGAAGACUUCCUGGGAGCUUGUGGCAACUUUCAAGUCGAAGAACCGGGGCUUGAGUACUCCUUCUCUUCCUUUGACCUGAACAAUCCCUUCUCACAAGUUCUUCAUGUCGAGUGUUCCUUUGAGCCAGAAGGAAUUGCAUCUUUCAGCCCCAGUUUUAAACCCAAGUCGAUCCUGUGCUCGGAUUCAGACAGCGAGGUUCUGCACCCCAGGAUCUGCGGUGUCGAUCGGACGCAGUACAGGGCCAUAAGGAUCUCUCCCAGGACUCACUUCCGCCCCAUUUCUGCAUCCGAACUGUCCCCAGGUGGUGGGAGUGAGUCGGAAUUCGAGUCGGAAAAAGACGAGGGAGGUCUUGCUGUCCCUUCUCAAGUAGAUGUGUUUGAGGAUCCCCAGGCGGAUCUCAAACCUCUGGAAGAAGACGCAGAAAAAGAAGGGCAUUAUUAUGGGAAAUCGGAGCUGGAAUCUGGAAAAUUCCUCCCCAGAUUAAAAAAGUCUGGGAUGGAGAAGAGUGCCCAGACAUCACUGGAUUCCCAAGAAGAGUCGGCCGGGAUGUUGGCGGUAGGGAACCAAGAUCCCUGUUUGGAAUGCAGUAUGAAGGAAUCUGCGGAUGGGAGGGCCGUGGAGAGCUCUAAAGUGAACUGCAGAAUAGUGGAGCCCCGGGAGGAGACGGGCAGGUUCUGCAGCUGUAAAGCAGGGUGCCACUUCCCUGCCUACGAGGAGAAUCCUGCUUCCUCAGCAGAGCUGGAAGAGAGGAUGAGUGGCAGCCAGGAAAAGCAGUGCUGGUGGGAAAAGGCCCUCUAUUCUCCCCUUUUUCCUGCAUCCCAGUGUGAAGAGUGUUAUACAAAUGCCAAGGGAGAGAAUGGUGUAGGAGAAUUUGCAGAUGUAAAGGAAAUAUCCAAUGAUGAUGAACAUCUUUUAGAUUUUAAUAUGGUUUCCUCUGUUUAUGAAGCAAGAUGUGCAGAUGAUAUAAAUGCUGAGGCAAAACCAAAUGGCUUCAGGAAGAAGAUCUACUCCAGUGAUAGCUCCAGCUCUGAAGACUCAGCUUCAGAAGGUGGAAGUGAAUGGGCUGAUCCGUGUGAGGAGGAGCUUUUUUCUCGAACUCAACUCUAAAUAAACUGCAGAGUAGAACAGAUGGUUUCAAAGUAACAUGAGAUGGAAAACUUAAUCCUUCUUUGGAGGGUCUGUAGCUCUAAAACAACAACUUGAGUUUCCUCUUCAGUUAAUGGAUUCAGAUGUGUAUUUAUCUUUCUCUUCUUGCUUAUUUUAUAGAUGAGGACACAGCUGUCCUGUUGGAAGAUUUUUUUUUUCCAAAAAAAAAAGAAAAAAAAAAAAAAAAAAAACGAAAAAAACAAACCUGUUAAAUUCUUGGCUAUUUGAACUAGACUAGAUUGUGUUGUCAAAUCAAGAAUGGAUGUGCAUGUGCUUGUCUUAGUAGUACCACUGCUUUUUUGCAUCUUAAUUGCAGUUAUUUUCAUUCGUAACUGUAGCCCUACCACUACUGAGAUCUUCUUAGCAUUGCAGUGUCUACAACUACUUCUGCUAUUCAGAGACUUCAGCUUUCUGCACAUUAGGCUUUGUUCUUUAAGAACUGGGAGAUAAAUACUUAACACUGUAAUCUAUCAGUGCCUUUCUGAGCGCAGGAGACAAAGCAUGAAUGACUUGUCCAGUCUUCAUCCAGUAAAUCUCAUAACUUUGAAGUAGGAACAACAGGGUUGUGCUUUAGAGACUUACAGAAACUGUGUUUUCUAUCCUAUGAUUCCCCCCCCUCCCACAAACCAACACUGAGGAUACCGUGGUUUGUAUUCUUGCUAACUGGAGAAGCCAAGGAUUUUUUGUAGGUAUGGAGGCAAUGUGGGGUGGUGGAUUUAUUUUUUUUUUCCCUUUUUUUUUUUUUUUUUUUUUUUUUUUUUUUUUGUCCUUUUUAGCAACUUGCCAACGUUAAGGCAGAAGUUUUCAAAAGUAACACCAAAAAAAAAAAAAAAAAAUCAUAAACCACUGGGGUGAUGUGUGGAUUGUUGUGAAUUUUGUAAUGAGAAUGUUGUCUUGUUGCAGAUGAUGGCAUUUGUGUAACCUGCAAAAGCAUCCUCUACCAGACUUGAGCCUGAAUGACUGAAUCUAAAAAUGCUCAGAGUGUUCAGUGUUUUAAAUGCAAAGGGUUCAGUGCUUCACUUGAAAGAAAUCCUGUGGCUGCUGCAGUUAGCUCUGUUGUGGCUGUAAUUAUUAGACCUCGUAGUUCAUUUCGUGUCUCUGAGAGAAUGUGUGGGGCAAGUUACGUGUGUGGUGGGUGGGGGUAGGGACAGUGAUGACUUCCAGCAUUACAUGUGUGAUUGCAGUAGUGAUUGUUGCUUUCUGUGACUUGCUUUUCAAUUUUAUUUUGUUAACUUAGUCAAUACAUCGUCGAGUUGCAUCUGUACAAGACUUCUCAACUCCUUGUGCUUUUUUUAACACAUUAUGCAAAAAUGUAUAAGCCAGGAGGAGCAAUAUUUGCAGAACUAAAGAUUCUAAGUUUGUACCAACUCAUAGUUUUCAAGGACAACAACUAACUAGUCUAUACAAUAGCAGCAUGGCUGUAACAUCAGGAAGUGCAGAAAGCCCAAUAACUGACUUGAAAAGCUUAACCAUUCAUUUUGUCAGGCAAUAAACCUCCAUGAGAACCAUUACCUGUUGGGAACGUGAGCUGAACUGCCUUUGAAAUAUGUUCUGUGCUAGAAAGGUUUCUUGAGUUAACUUGAGUUUUGUUGCCUUUAUUUUAAUUGAGAAGAGUAAGAAUUGAAACGUGGCUGGAAAACCAAGCCCACUCUUUGUGCAAUGCUUUUUGUUGAGAUCCUUGCUUAAAAUUGGCUUGGUUUGUCCUGACCCAAGGACUUUGAUCCUCCUCUUAGGUUACGUUUUAGGGUUUGUAUUCAUACAACCAAUCUUUUGACACUUUACAGUUUCUUUCCUUAAUUUAUUUGCAGACUUUGGAUAGAUUUUUAUAUAUUUUACCUUCUUCUGGAGCUUCCUUGAGAGAGGUUGUUUAGCACCUGCACUGAGAACUAGUUAACUGUAACAUGAAAGUCAAAGAGAACUUUACACACAAAUUCUUCAAAUCACUACUGUGAUGAGUGGAAUGACCAAAUGGACAUAUUUCAAACACAAGCUUCAGCUCAGUUAAUUUUGGCUAGAGCUGCUUCUUUGGUGAGAAAGGGCUCGGAAAAAAGAAAAAAAAAAAAAAAGAACAAAGGUGUUGCUUCUAAGUUACAUUGUGGCACGUAAUAAUUCCAGCACCUUUGGGGAAAAUAAAACCUGUACAUUGAGCUUGGGCAAUAACAGAUUUGUCUUUCCUUGUUUUCAUAGUUUAAAGCUCUAAAGCUUUCGGUGAGAGUUGAAGUGUGGUUUUUAGUUUUUCUGUAUGGAUAGAAACACACACAACAACAACAACAACCAACAACUACAACUACAACAAAAGCAUUCAAGGUUGGCAAACGCUGAACCGCACUGUGGUAUGAAGCGCGUUGCAUAUCCAUAGCACUGAAGUAUCAGUUUUCCAUUCCUGGGCUGAAAUUUGUUUCUACUUUUUGCUUCAAGUGGUUGUAUUGUUCUGAUUUCACGUACACCAGAGUAACUGAUUUUGUUUUCUUGUGGAGUUACUUAACACCCAAUAAAAAUAUAAAAGGACAGUUGGA